AUGUUUAAAUCAACAUUCUUAUUAUUACUUGUAUUAUCUGUUACACUCUCUUUUGGAAAGGAGUUGGAUUUCUAUUUGGCAAGAGGAAGUGGUGAAACCUGUCCAUCAUGUGCUGCCUUUUUAUUGAACAAAGCCAAUUCCGAACUCACCAAUAUUCCAGUGUCAAGAGUGUUCUUUGAGACCGAUAUCGAUCCAAGUGUAAUUGUUGCCAAUCCAAAUGAUGCUUUAAUCGGAGGAAACUUGGUAUACACACAACACCAGACAAUUUCACAUUUAGAUAUUACUGAAGUCUUCCGUAAAUUUCCAUUAGAGAGAGAUGGAUACCCAACUCCACUUUCCGUAGGUAACUUUUAUUACUAUUCACAGGAUUCUUGCCAGCAACCAGGUCCAUGUCUUAUCGCUCUAAACGGAGGUGCACAAAAACCAAGUCCAGAGCUUGAACUCUAUGGUUUGGGUGACGAUUGGAGUGAAUAUAUGUUAAGCAUUAAAAUGGCAAUCGUACAAGGUUAUUUUGAAAAUAACAAUUUCCGAGUAUCUGCUCUCUACGUAAAUGUCAGAGAUAACUACAAGAUGUGUCCAGCCAUUGGUGAUACCACUUGUCCAACCGGUGAGAUCAUGACCUUCUACAGAAACGAGCUCAGAUGCCUAGAGACCAAUGUAUGUGUACCUCAACCAACCGAUUGUUCUGAACAUAUUCCAGAGCCCUGCGGUGCUGCAUUCAGAGCUAUUUCAUUCCCCUAUGAAAGUAAAAGUGGAUUGAAAAAGACAAAAAUUAAUAUUACACCUUCCUAUCUCAGUUUUGGUACUGCAUAUAGUAGUAGUACUAACAAUACGAAACUCUAUAGUCAAUUUUUUAUUUCCACCUAUACACAGUUGGUGAUAGCAGAGUUUUCCACUUCCCAGAGUUUUGUUUUUCAAUACAAUGCUCUAGUACCGCCGAGUGGUCCAACCAUCAAUGGAUCGAUGAAUUGUGUAUGUACACUCAAUCCACUAACAGUUAGAUACGCAUCUCCGCUACUUGUCGGAUCGCCAUACUCCAAUGUAUAUCAAUCAAUGAUUGAACUCACCACCGAACAACUUUAUGUGCCAAAUGGAUAUAAAUGCACGAUUCCUGGAUUUCAAUGCGCUGUGAAGCCGAUGAAGCGUUCGGAUACCGCACCCACCUACAUAGUAGAGGCAACACCAUUGCCAACUUCAAAUAUCAACACGCCAGCCAAUAUCACAAUCUUUGGUCAUGGUAAAAGUUAUAGUUAUAUGGCGCAAUUCACAUCGACCAAGGCUGCCAGUGCCACUGUAAACUUGGCGACACCCAGUGGUACCACUCUUUUGCUUUCGGAUGAUACCUCUCAGCUCACAGCAACUACGCUUUUACAGAGUGGAGACCACAUUCGUGUAUACAAUCAAAACAGCGUGCCAGUCUCUCGUUUUAUUCCACUGUCUGGAACUAGUGUGUCUGCAUUUGGCAUGCUUUCCAUUCCUUAUCCAAGCAACGAUUCAAACUAUCAGGUUUAUAUGCAAUCUAGUAAUAGAAAGGUGUUGGAUUUCAACUACAAAGUUCAGACACUACCAAGCCAAGUCGGUGUUUUUACACCUCAGUUAGAGGCAAUACCAAUCAUGUCGAAUUGGGCUGUUUAUCAAAACAAAACACAUUUUCCAGGACUUAGGAUGUAUGGCAAACCAGUUCCUCCAAUUCCAUUUGGUAUAGUUUCAGACACCGAUUCCACUACUUACAAGUACCAAUUCAAUCUUGUGCUGGCACCUUUCAUGUCAACUACUUAUAUUCCAAUUUCAGCGUUCCAGAACUAUCAGUAUCCAGACUUUGUUAUAUCCUAUGGAGUUUGGAAUUCUACCUAUUACAAGCAUCCAUCACACCAAGUGCCAUACCUACAAAGUUUCAAGGUGGUACCCAUCGAUUCUUAUUCUGUAAUCAUUCAAAUGUAUAUUAAUUCAGAUACAGGAUAUUUCAAAACGACUUUGCUCAACGGAGUUGUCCUCUCAAAUAUUGAUUUGGUAUCUGGAACUACCAAAGUUGGUUGGUUUGAAUCAUUGGUAAAGAUGCCCAUAGUCACAGACAACCCAGUUACAUUAGAGAAGUACACUAUUACCGAUUUAUUCCCAACUUCUGUUACAUAUAUCGAAGGUGAUAUAUAUUCAACCAAUGGUGAUACUAUACCUACACUUCCAUUUUAUCCACAGAAUUUAACCAGUUUUAGUUUUUCACCAAACAAUAUCGAUGUUUCAAAUGGACCAGUCAAUACAACACUCUACUUUAGCUGUGGUACAAAGGUUGGCAAUCCUCGAAUUCAAUUAUUAUAUACUGGAUACCAAGCACAGAAUCCAGAAAGUAGUGAAAUCUUUGAAGGAUAUUACAGUGCCACACUUGACAAGUUUGUAAUUCCAAUUACCCUCCGACAACUAUUACACACUGGCUCUGUUGAAUAUAUUCUAUUAAGUUAUCCAUUGUCUUUUACUCCUCGAACCAUCGCUUCUAUUCAAUCAAUCCAAUAUAAUGCAUUCUUAAAUGUAACUUCAACCUAUUCUGAUAUGAUGGGUCCAAUGAUAACAAACUUUUCAAGAAGUUGUCCAGCUGAAGUGUCACCAGGCACAUACUGCUAUUGGUCAGUUUCUAUCAGUGAUCCAGCUGGAUUUAGAAAUGGUUUUUUCUAUUUUAUUUCAGAGAAAAAUCCAAUGGUCAAUAGGAAAUGGGAAAUCGAUUAUGAUACGAGAUCGGAUGGUGAUAGAUAUUCAUUUACUAUAUAUUUAUUCCGCACUUUCGAAAACUAUUCAAUGAACUACCAAGCAACAUUACAUUUCGAUCUCUAUGACACACUUGGAAAUAGAGCAACCACUUUGACAACUGUAGAGGAUUCCGAUAUGGUUAUUAAUCCAUUAUAUUCAUUUUUGAACACACCAAAGAUGAACGAUCUGACUAUUUCUGUGAAGAUUCAAGUUCCAAUUAGCUGUGGUCCAGCUCCACUUCUUACUAGUCUCAUCGUAACACCACAAGUAGACGUAAGUGGGGCAGAGAAUAACAUAACUGUUCAUUAUGAGUUAUCAUACACCAAUAGCUUAGUUACAGUGUUUCCGUCGAUUUAUUUAACUGCAAUUGAUGGAGAAAUAAUAUCCCAGGUUCUUCCUUUUCUACAAACAAGUUCAACUAAUACUUUUGGAGACCUAACAUUCCCAAUACCUUUUGGAUUUGGAUAUAAUGGAGGAAUUCUACUAUCGAUGUACGGAAUUUACGAUAACUGUGGAAAAACAUCUGGUUACUCUUCCGAUAUGUUAAGAAGCAUGGGACUUUCAUAUUAUGUCAAAACAACAUACAAUAACACCGCACCAAUCAUCACCUCCACAAGUCCGAUCUACCCAGAGGGUGGAGUUUUAUCAAUCUAUGGAUACAAGCUUGGAAUGGUAAAUUCUACAUUGGUUUCAGUACUUAUUACCUUAAAUAAUAGUAGUGAGAUUAUUACUACACCAUUUUUCACCUCUGGACCACUUGUCUUGGUGCAAAUUAACACUCCACCAUCAUUCUUUUUUGUUCAAAUACAAGCGAAUCAAAAGUCUAAUAUGUUUAGAGUUGAUGUGUCCAAUCGAACAAUCCCAGAAGUUGUACCAACUCAAACACCUACAAAUACACCAAACAAACCAUGCCCAGAUUGCUCUGGAAAUGGAAAAUGUGUAGAAGGUCUUUGUGUAUGCAAUCUACCAUAUAGUGGACCAAAUUGUAGAUCUCAAAUUAUCAAUACCAAUGUUACAACAAGCCCAAAUGAGCCAACCACAGUAACGAAUAACUUUGAUUUUACAUCUGGUGUGUCUGUAGUGGAGAUAAGAGAAUUGGAUUCCUCUGGAAAAGUUAUCGAGUCGUAUCCACUUUCCAAUUGGACCCUUACCAACAACACCAAAGAUAGUUAUCAACAAUACAGUUAUGCGACAACUGUAGCAGCAUCUCAAUCGACUGUUUCACUCCAGACCGAUGUGAUUAUUUCUGCCAAUAUCAAUGUUACAGAUUCUAAUUGUUAUACAGACUCGACAGUUGGUUUAACCAAUUCAAAAGAAGUAUCUUGGAUCAAAAUGCGUGUCAAUGACAAGAGUCUCUAUGGUAGAUUCAUCGAUAGCGGAAUUGUCGAUGGUGUUGAAGUAAAGGUUGGAAAUUCACUUUUAGAUUUAAAUAGGCAAUCAAGUUCAACUUCCACAUACUAUUUCAUUGGAAUAAACGUACCAAACUUCCAAACUCUAGCUAUUUUGGAUCCAGAUUUUAAUGUCUUGGUAGAUCAAGACACUUCGGAUACUUGUAGCUCAAAUGGUUUAUCUAGACUACAAAAGAUUGGAAUUAUAGUUGGAUCGGUCUGUGCACUCUUGGCAAUUAUAUACUAUUCGGAUGAUGUUGGAAAGUAA